GCUGCUCGCUGUGUCACUGGGAACAGCGAUCCCCCAGCACUGCCGCUGACACUUCUGGGAAAGGAUCCCGGGCCUCUUUCCUGGGAAAGCCUCGAAAAGCCACCGUGCCCCUGGCAGCGAUGCCCGAGUGAUGUGCUAGAGAAGAGCGAGACGAGGAGGAACGCGAGGAUGAGGCUGGAGCUGUCCUGGCCUCUCCUGGGGCUCCUGCUCUGUGCAGGCCUGUCUGCCAGUGAAGAAUUCCUGGUGGAGAUUUCGGGCACCACGGUGACAAUCACGUGUCCCUUGACCGAAGGGAACAUAGACUGGAAGUCAACUGGGGGAAAAACGGGCACCAGCAACAACACAAAGUACAUUAUAACGGACCAUGACAGCUCUCCUGCCAACCUGAGCUGUUCUGACAGCAGUGAGAAGAGGUACCUGUACCUGAAUGCCAGAGUGUGUGCCAGCUGCGCGGAGCUGGAUGUCCUGACGGUCACGGGGAUCAUUGCUGCGGAUCUCCUCAUCACCCUGGGGGUGCUGAUCCUGGUCUACUACUUCAGCAAAGACAGGAAGGGGCGAGCGAGCUCCAGUCCUGCCCCUCGGCCACGAGGUCAGAAGAUGCAGCGCCCUCCCCCCGUUCCAAACCCGGACUAUGAGCCCAUCCGGAAAGGCCAGCGGGAAGUGUAUGCAGGCCUGGAACCCAGGGGGUUCUGAAAUUCCCAGGAUGGCAGGCUGGCAGCCAUGGAAGCCAGCAGCACAGGGGCUAAACGCUGCUGCCCAGCUCAGUGCCAGCUCUGCAGCCCUGCUGAGGCAUUUUGGGGUAAGCCAGGUCAGGCACCCCCUGUCCCACCCUGGUGUGUGCUUUGGUUUGACCCCAGGAACAGAAACGUGCAAUUGGCAAGAGAAG